GUUUGAACAUCUGCGCGGACAUAUUGCUUUCUUUCCAUUUUGAUGACGGAUGACCGUCCUGAUAUUGCGAGUUCUGAAAAUCGGAUUAUGAAAACUGAUGACGAGCGAGAUGUUAAAGACAGUACUUUAUUGUCAGAAAGGAUGGUGUCUGUUAUUGAAGCCCCAGACUAUUUGGCUAGUUUCCAUAUUGACACGAGUGGCGAAGCAGAGGAGUCCAGUAUGCCCCAUUACAUAGUCAAUUUAAAUAUGUAUAACACAAACACUGAUAUGGACGCUCUAACUACACUACCAAUUCAUGGUCAAGAUCCUGGUAUCGGUGAAUCAUCUGUCUCACUUCCGACUUCUGACAUGAAUUCACCCGUCAUUAUGAACGACAACGUUGGUUUGAUGUGUGGUGUUAAUUCGACAGGGCGAGGACAGCAGUUUUUCACACCAACUAUGCGUUCAAAAGCACGUGGUCGUGGACGAUUUUCUUCUGUUCCAUUGGAUGAUGUAAUGGAAAAGAAAAUAAGGACAUAUGAGGGAAAGGAUUGUGUACAAGAGCUAGGAAAGUUGUUAAAAUUGUUCCCUCGCUUUAAGAGGGCCUACAUUAAUCGAGUUUUUACGAGGAAUAUGCUUAGUUAUGAAAAGAGUUAUGAACAGUUAAAGGAAGAAGAUGAUCGAGAGCGUGAAAGAUGCUCAAAGGUCCGUCUUAUUCAAGCACCAAAGGCCGAGUCUAAACGACCAACAGAUUCGAAAACUCACAACCGUCCGGAAUUACCUCUUCAGUCACAAGCUUUCUUAUGUAUGGGACUGCCUUUGGGUCGUUGCCCUCCCCAUGUUGCCAACUCACUGUAUCGUCGAGUCAUUGUUACUCCUGAGGGGACCGUUGAAUCCGCUGAUGAACAUGAACAGAAGUUUUUGGACUCUACGGGUUUAUCAAGUUCUGCGCUGGAAACACCAUCCUCACACUGUGAACCACCGCGUCCCAAACCAUCAUUGUUCACUGGGCUGAAAAUAUCAUCUGUGUCGACUGUCUUGCCUCCGAUCCACCAACUAGCUGAAUUCAAACAGUCUCCACCUAGACCAUCAGAAGAACAGAUGUUAACAUCGGAUAACAAUGCUGAAACAUUGAAUUCCGAAGAGACAACUAUUCAACAAUCAGGCAACAAAUUCUUUCGUACAGAUCAUGUUAGUGAAGCACAAAAAAAGAAACGUGGAUACAUUAAUCGCGAGAUGCGAACUGCCACAGUUAGUACACCCGUUAGUCGAACUAGCAUUACAGCAUCAGCGGUGAAAUCUGAUUUGGAUAGUGAUGAUUCUAGUAGGAAACCAGGAGAUGCUGUUAAAUAUUUAGCCAAAGUUGGUGUUGUAAGUAAUUCAGUUAAUCGUAAACGUCCUACACGUCGUGGAAAAUCAACUCGUCAAAAAUCAACAACAGAAAUUCAGGGCGUCAAUAAUGAAACAACCACUUCACCUGCUGUCGAGGUUAUUACGGAAGACGAUGGUCUUGAUCUAACUAAUGAAGAACGCCGUCACCUUCUAUCCUUUUUUAACGAUGCCGUAUUGGAAGAACUCACGUUGAUGCCAGGGUGUUCUCGGAAAACCGCACAGGCUAUUAUCAAUAUGCGCCCGUUUAAAAAUACGAAAGACUUGGUUUCUCAACUGUCGGGAGUUCGCCAUCUUUCCUCCAAUUUAUAUGAAUGUUGUAAAGAUAUUUUAGAAGUUCGUUCUGCAGUUAUCCGUUUACUAAAUAAGUGUGAGCGUCUAACUGAACAAGUUGCUAGUCAUGCGACACGUUUGCUUGAAAAUACCAUAGAUUUACCUGAAAAUGCUAUCACUGAUCAAAAUCAGUCUGAUGGAGUUGAUCAUGAACAUGAUGACUUCACUAUAAACAAAACAAAUGGUUAUCCUGUUCAACUAGUGACUCAACAGCCCGCUAUUUUAAACCCUUUGCGUGAAUUAAAACCCUACCAACUUGUUGGUUUGAACUGGCUUCGUCUACUACACCACGAACAAGUCAAUGGAAUACUAGCAGAUGAAAUGGGCCUCGGAAAAACAGUUCAAGCUAUUGCUUUCCUAGCUAGCCUUUGGGAAAGUGGAAAUCGCGGACCACAUCUUAUCAUUUGUCCAAGUUCAACCCAGGAUAAUUGGCAGCGUGAAUUAAGUCUUUGGUGUCCUCACUUAAAAGUACUUGUUUAUCAAGGAUCUGCAGAACAGCGAAAAGCAAUCCGAUUGAAAAUAUAUGAAUCUGAGUCUCAACCGGAUUUUAAUAUACUUUUGACUAGCUAUGCUGUUGGUACAAGUGCUAUUGAAGACAGAGCUUUAAUGAAACGCAUCAACUUUCAUUAUGGGAUUUUCGAUGAAGCACACAUGCUAAAAAAUAUGACUUCUCAACGUUAUCGAAAUCUGAUGAAUUUUAAAGUUCAACGACGUUUACUUCUUACAGGCACACCUCUUCAAAACAACUUGUUGGAGCUCGUAUCUCUGUUAUCAUUUGUUAUGCCAGAAAUGUUCCUAAAAAGCACAGAUUUGCUGAAAAGGAUUUUUCAGAUUUACUCAAAACCCAUGAAUUCCCGUGAGGAAGAUCAGUCAGCCAAUAGCACUCCUAUUCGAAGCAGUUUUGAAGAAGAACGCUUAGUUCAAGCUAAAAGUUUACUUCAACCAUUUUGUUUGCGACGAUUAAAAUCACAAGUCCUCGGACAGCUUCCUCCAAAAACCAGUGAAGUAGUUUUAGUAGCAAUGACGAAGACCCAAGCUACUCACUACCACGAUCUUGUUAAACGACUGCGUUCUCAGCGAUCGUUAAAAGACACAAACAGCAAUGGUCAAGAUCCCUCUCUUCUAUUAAAUAAUGAAUGUGAAGAUGGUGAUGAAAAUGCUGAUCCAGAUGCUAGUGAUCCAAAAGGUGAAUGUGCACCAAGAAAAAAAGCCCGUUUAGAUAAUUAUACUACAGUAAAUGGAACGAAAUCAUUUCCUGUCACUUCUAAAUCCAUUUCUGAGUCUCUCCAGUCACCGUGCAACAUGGUUACGGCGUUGCGCAAGGCAGCAAAUCACCAGGCCCUUUUUUCUGGUCUUGCAUACACAGAUUCAAAUCUUCGGGAUAUUGCAGAAUCUUUGCAUUUAGAUCCAAGUCACUCUAAUUCUGAUUCCAAUCUUAUCUAUGAAGACCUACUUGCAAUGAGUGAUCAUCAGAUAAAUAAACUUUGUCAGUUUUACGAGGUGAGUUUAACCUUGCCGUAUGUUACAUAUUGUGAUUUUUAUAAAUCCUGAUAUCGGUUGUAAGUUUCCCCUGAUUGUGUCCUUCAGCUCUAAACAUACGAAAUCCACUAUAUAUGUAAAUGCUCAUUCUUAGGUGGGAAUUUUCAGUGGAAGAUUCGUCCACUAAAGGUAUACUGUUUACGAUCUUAUCUGAAUGUAAAUGAAAUAACUUGUUAGCAUCUGAAAUAAAAGUGACGAUCAAAAUGUUAUAAAUUGUGUAACUUAACAAUGCUUAGUUAACAUUUAUCUUCAUUUUAGCAGCAACUUAUUGGUUUAGGCUUUCAACUUUCAGCCAUGGAGUUCCAAACUUGAACACCGCUCCACCUACUGCUAUUCAAGCAACCAGGCAGUAUCAUUAUCCUUCACACUUUGAUUGUGGUUCAUACUCACGUACUUGGUUUUAUCACCAUAUACUCUCUCCCCUGAAUCGAUCAUCUCUGGAUCUGGAAAAAUUCAGUGGUUAAACGACAAUUUGCCUAAAUUAAUCUGUGAAGGACACCGUAUUUUGAUUUUUAGUCAAUUUGUCAUCAUGUUAGAUAUAUUGGAGGAAUUUUUAAGGAUAACUAACAGGCGUUAUAUACGAAUGGAUGGAUCAACUCCUGUCUCGGAACGACAAACAUUAAUAGAUCGUUUCAACAGCUCAUCGAUUGAAGUUUUUCUACUAUCUACACGUGCUGGUGGCCUAGGUAUUAGUUUAACUGGUGCAGAUACUGUAAUUAUACAUGAUAUCGACUUCAAUCCAUAUAAUGAUAGACAAGCAGAGGAUCGCUGCCAUCGACUUGGUCAGAAAAAGUACGUUAUAUCAUGCGCAUAUUUUAUGUUUUUUUUUCAUUAUUAAGAACUACAUUUCUCCACAUCUUUGCUUUAAAAUGUUUGUUAAUGUCAUUGGUCAUUGCACAACACUUUUAGCCUCGUUAUUGAUUACGACAAUCGGCUUUGAAUUUUAAGAUUGAUAGUUGGUUAAUUCAGUGCCAUAUACUUGGUUACAGUAAAGAAUUCUCAGCAUAAAAUAUACCCCAUUCGUGUAAGUUCAACUUUAACAUACAAGCCAUUUGUAGCUCUUCAAAUCACAAUGUUUAUCUGCCAUUCAUUUUUAACUGUUUUUAUCCGUUACCGCACCGCAUAAUACGUUUUGUGCAUAGAUCCAAAUACGUUCUCUUUUUUUCCAAAGAAUAUGUCAACUAUUAAUGUUUCCACUUGUAUGUUAUAUAUUAUUGAGUAUCAUCGUAAACUGUAUAGGAUUUAAGUGCAUGAUAAGUACGUUUUAAGAUUUACAUGCAUAAGUAAUGCAUUAAAAACAUGGAAAGCGGAAAAACUUGUUUCAAUGACCAUGCACUUUGAAAAUAGGUUCCCUGAAAGUUUAAAACAGGUUGCCAUUACCAAAAUAUAUUAAAUUAAAAUGCCAAACAGAUGAUAUCACUCUUUGAAGUAUUCACCUUAGCUUAUUUAAUCAAUUGGAUCCAGUAAAAAUACCAAAGACUUAAUCAUUACAUUGGGAUUAUUAGGUAUACUGAUCUCAAUUGAAUGUGACAAAUUUUUAUAUGUUUCUCAAUAUAGAGUAUGAAUAUCAGUUCAUGUUGGUUAAUGUGCUUAAAUCGCUUUGAAUUUCACUAGUGUUUUAGAAAUUAUCGGUGAUGGAUAAUGAUUAUGUUAUGUGAUUUUUAAAAUACGUAGUUAUAUCUGCAAGGUAUAUUCCACUUUUUCAUUGAACGAUAUCAUACUAUGACAUUUAAAUGUCUGCUUUUUAUUUUUUUUGUACUAAUAAACUGCCAUGUUUUAAUUUUCUAGCCCUGUUCACGUCAUACGACUAAUCUCUGAAGGUACUUUAGAAGAGGGUAUGCUGCGUAUUGCAUCUGAGAAAUUACAAAUGGAACAGAAUGUAACAGGUUGCGUAUCUGAAUACAACAUAGAACGGACCGAGGAAUCUGAAUACACUACUCGUGUUAGUUCCCGGAAUAGAAAAUCAAAGGCAACUAAUAUUUUACCAUGUUCCAGUCUAGACGGUAUAACAGAUAAUGGAAAUGUUUUCAAAGUCCUUGGUAAUUGGAAACCAACUACCUCGGAUCUCAGUUUAUCCAUUGCGGAUCAUAUAUCAUCGAAUCGAAUUAGUGAACGAGAUGUUCGCUCUCUUCUUUCAGAUGCUUUGAAAUUGUAGUUAUAAACAUCUUCAUACUUCUAAAUAUUCCACAAUCCCUCUAAGACAAAGGCCGAUUGAUAUAUUUGUUAUAGUCACUGUUUUUACUGCACCGUCCCCUUGUUGUAUUAGUUCAGUGAAUGCAGUGGUUUGAAUAUUUCUGCAUUGAUAUAAACUUUAACAUGAAUACAUACACGGAAGUAUUUGAAUCUAGUUUUUGUGAAUAUAUAUAGAAUGCUGAUGAUGAUUUCACGAAAACGGUGGAAUUUGCUUCAUGUUUUACCCAUGUAAAUUGACUCCACUUUUUGGUGAAAAAAAUUCUUAAUAUUACCUGUGUAUCAUUUUGUUUUUCCAAAAUCUAUUUUUGCUCGAUUUGUUAUUUUUUUUUUACUUUUGUGCUUCGGUUUUUGUGUUUUCGUCUAUUUUAUUGAAUAUCGUACGCUCAUUGCAUGCGCAUAUUACUAAUUACCAUGUGAAUUUAGAAUUGCC